CUGGUACUGAUUGUACUGAUUGGUCGCCGCUCACCCUCUUCUCCACCUGUCUUAUCUCCACGGUCCCCCACCCACUGUGAUCCACUCCUCCGCUUCUCCCCGAAUUUCAAGUCUCGCUCUUAGAUGGCAACCCCUUAGCUUCUUAUGGUGAUAGAUCUAGUCUGCUCAACAUAUCUCCCUGCAACGAUAACAGGAUCUUGGAGCGCAGUAGUACUCCUCUCUAGGAGUCAAUUCUUGUGAGACGUGCAGUGGGGGAACGAAGCUGUAACGUUUCUUGUCGCCGAUCCGCCUUUCGUUGUGAGUGGGAGGAUGGAGCGUGGUGUGCGCCAUUUCACACUCCUUAUGGCAGACGUAAGACGCGUCUACUGUUGCUCGUCGUCGAUCGGAGGAUGGAGCAUUGGUACUCGAAAUGAAUUAUACAACCAAAACCAAGGCACGACGACCACGAAGACGACCACAGCGUGUUCACGACGAUGAUCGCGAACCACGACCACAACGCAUCCAUGCCAACGCGUUCACAACCACGCCCACGCAUCGACAACCACGAACACAGCCAUGCAACUGCGACCACGCUCACGAUUGCUCCUCCAGACCACCAAGUCAACUCCACGGGAUAGCGGCAGCGUGCACAGGGUCGAGUAGCGGUAGCGUGCCGUCGAGUAGCAGCGAUUGGAUGGAUGUAGGCGAGAAGUCUCCGAACUAG